AUGCAAGUAGACCCAAUCGGUUACCACCUCAAGUCCCCAAACCUCCCUACCCUCCGCCGCCUAAUCUCCAACGGCACCUCCGCCUCCGCCGGCCUCGUCCCGGUGUUCCCAUCCCUCACCUUCCCCAACCACUACUCCAUCGUCACCGGCCUCUACCCUCCCUACCAUGGCAUCAUCAACAACUACUUCUACGAUCCAAUCACCAACGAGAAAUUCACCAUGACAAGCCACGAACCUAAAUGGUGGUUAGGUCAUCCGUUAUGGGAAACCGUCGUCUCCAACGGUUUGAAAGCUGCCACAUAUUUCUGGCCAGGUUCUGAAGUUGUUAAAGGUCGGUGGAAUUGUCCUGUGAAUUUUUGUGCGCACUAUAAUGAAUCUGUUCCUUUUGAUGAUAGGGUUGAUACGGUAUUAGGGUAUUUUGAUUUACCAAUUGAUGAGAUUCCUUCGUUUAUUACAUUGUAUUUUGAGGAUCCUGAUCAUCAGGGUCACCAGGUUGGUCCUGAUGAUCCUAGAAUUACUAGGGCUGUUGAGAAUAUUGAUAGGGUUUUGGGGAGGUUGGUGAAGGGGUUGGAGAAAAGAGGGGUUUUUGAUGAUGUUAGUCUUGUUUUGGUUGGUGAUCAUGGCAUGGUUGGAACAUGUGAUAAAAAGAUUGUAGCUUUGGCGGAUUUGAGUCCCUGGGUUGAGAUUCCGGCCGAUUGGGUGCAUUCUCUGACGCCUUUGCUCGCGAUUAAGCCGCCGGAAGGGGUUGAUCCGGCAGGGGUUGUUGCCAAAAUGAACGAAGGGUUGAGUUCUGGGAAGGUUGAGAAUGGUGAGUUUCUCAAGGUAUACUUGAAAGGGGACUUGCCUAAGAGGUUGCAUUAUGCGGCAAGCGACCGGAUUCCACCGAUAAUUGGGUUGCUUGAGGAAGGUUUUACGAUCGAGAUGAAGAGGAGCAGUGCCAAGGAGUGCGCCGGGGCGCAUGGCUAUGACAAUGCCUUCCUGUCAAUGAGGACUAUUUUCAUUGCUCAUGGUCCUCAGUUUGAGAGAGGAAGGUUAAUACCAUCUUUUGAGAAUGUUCAGAUUUACAAUUUGGUUACUUCUAUACUCAACAUAAAGGGUGCUUCCAACAAUGGUUCUGCUUCAUUUCCUGAAUCUGUUCUUCUACCUCCUGCUCCGGCGGCCAUGUGAGUGUUUGAUCAGAAUCAUGAACACCAUCAGAUGUUGUAGCAGAAAGAAUGUGUAUGAUGUACUUCCAUUCUUCUGGGAUUGAACUGUUACAUUAUUUAAUUGCUUACUGCUUUUCAUAAUUGUACUCUCUAGAAAGGAUAGAGACUCUGAAUUAUGAGAUGUUGCUGAAAGAAUUGGCAUCAUCAUGUACUAGGAUUGAACUAGUCCAUUAUUUAAGUUGCUUUAGUUAAACCAUCUUUAAUUGCACAUGAUUGUAGUUUAGUUUAGUCUAAUUCAGUGAAUAAAUGGCUGUCUUCACAAAUCUCA